CGUCAAUCAUCAAGGAGAUGAAUUUUUCAACAAACAACUCAGGACUAAGACUGGAAAACCUGCUGCUGAAUGGCGACUCUUUGGCCAUUUGGUUAUGGUCAAUUUCCUUGGGAUAUGUUGCAGCUACUACCUAUAUUAUGAUAAUGCUGAUCAUUGAUAUUUUCGUGAAUGGAGUCGGUAUUAACAGGAACGAAAGUAUCGGGAAAAAAUUUAAAGCAUGGAUAAAAUUAUCGCGAUUAAUUUUUGCCAUCCUUUGCAACCUGACGUUCUUGACUGGUUCGGUGCUGCAUAUCAUAGUCGAUCUUUACUAUCCGGAAUACUGUCAGAUCUAUAUGAUUGUAAAAAUCAUCCUAUCUGGUUGUCUGCUUUUUACCUGCUAUUUUACUGUGUGGCUCAGACAUAGAAUAAUCUAUAGCAUUCCCGCAAUCAAACAUUUAACCAAUUCUAUAACACGCAUUGUGAGCAUAUUGGUGAUCGUCUUAGUUGCGGCUACUCGGAUUGGUAAUGUGUUGGUCAUCCUUCUUAAUUUUGAAUACAAAGAUACUGAAACUGGAUGCCAAAUGGUGGAAUCAAAGAUACCAAUUCAAGUUCCAUUUCUGAUCUUCAACGCUUCAUCUGUAGUAACGCAGGUCAUGAUACUGGGAUUAUUCAUUUAUCCUCUGCGACGUCAUCAAAGAGGUAUUGGUGGAGACGCUGAUAAUUUAACGCCAGUGUUAAAAAGGGCGUUUUACACGACCUUGGUAUGCUGUUUAAGCGAUACUGCUGCUGCCUUUGUAGUUAUCGUUGCCGGGAAUUUUGCAACAAAUGCAAGUAUGCACACUACGUUCUUCAUCAACUUAUUAAUGAUUCUGGUUAGCUUUCCGGAGUGGAAAACGACGAUCUUUCCUUGCAACAGUUUGUCAUCUGAAGAGAACUAAGAUAUGCAUACUGAGAUAAAGGUGAAACACAAAUCAAGAAUGUUGAUUAAGAUUCUAUUUUUUACUCCUUUUAAUUUCUAUAAUGUGCUUGAGAACUUAUCUAUAUAUAACUUCGGACCUUUCCCCGACCUUUGACCCCC